CGCCUCCGGCAGGCGAGCAGUGAUUGGCGGGCUGGCGCAGCGGGGCGUGGAGCGCAGUGUCUGGGUUUGGGCGGGAAUUGAAACCGCCGCAGCUGCUCUCCAGCUCCUGAACCCUGCGACUGUGGGCUGAGAACGGGCACCAUGGUGCGCCCUACCAGAAAUAGAAAACCAGUUAAUUACUCACAGUUUGAGGACUCUGGUGGUGACUCUGAUGAUGAUUUUAUUUCGGCAACCAUGCCUAGAAACAAAAAGUCCAAAACCUUGCCAAAGGAGUUAAAGCAAGACAAACCAAAACCUAACUUGAAGACUCUUCAAAAAGAAGACAUCCUACCAGCAACAGCCCCUAAAAAAAGGAUGGCUUUAGAUGACAAGGUCUUCCAGCGAGGCCUAGAAGUUGCCCUGGCUUUAUCUGUGAAGGAUCUUCCAACAGUCACUGUGCAGAAUUCUCAAGAGAAAAGCACUGACAGCCAAGGUGAUAGGAAAACAGAAAUAACGGAUCAGUCUCCUGUCUCUAACUGCAGUGUAGCCAGUGAUAAUUCAGAAAAUUUGGCCAAGAUUGUGGAGGACAAGGAUGCCGGCAGUGUUGGAGGAGAGAAAAAAAUAACGUCUAAAACCGAGGCUCGGCGGAGGAGGGUGCCUUCGGGAGGCAGUGAUGGCAGCAGUGCUAAUGACACUGAGCCGGACAGUGCAACUGGUGAAGAUUCAGAAAAUGAUUCUAAUUUUGAUGAGAGUGAAGAAAGUGAUGAAAACUUUUCAGUAAGAAAAAAUAAAGUUAAAGAAACAAAGAAGAAAGCAGUGCAGAGAAAACCGGCAGUGGAAAAAGAAAAGAAAUCAAAACACAAAUAUGAGGCAUCAGAUGUGGCUCCAGCUGCCAUCAAGUCAGGAUUGCCAUCCUUACCCCAGGCAGUUGGACUUCCCUCUGAGCCCACUAGGAAACCAGCAAAAAUGUGCAGCCCUUCAGCUGAAGGCAAGAGACCCAGGUGGGUCCCACCAGCCGCCUCCGGAAGCAGAAGCUCCAGCAGCAGCCCACUGGCAGGAGCAUCCACCAAGUCCCCGAGUCAGAGCCUCCGCCUGGGCCUCUCCCGACUAGCACCAGUUAAGCGUUUGCACCCAAAUGUCACAAGUAGCCAAGUGCGGUAGCGGGAAAGGACCCCUGGGACCCUCAGUUGUAUUCCGCUUGUACGUGGAGAACCCUUUAAUGAGUCCCAUGAAGGAUCUCUGCCUGUUGUGUGAUUCUGGUCUCAGCAGAGCUUUUCUGUCCUUCAGCGAAGGGUUCUUGAGGGUUCUCCUCAUGCCAUUCCUAAAGAAUGUUGUGUUUUCCUGUUUCAUAAGUCACUGUCACUUGUGGCUCUGGCACAUCUGUUCAGAGUGUCUGUCUGGCAAGAGGGCAUCUGGGUUCCUUCAGGAGGAGUUUCUGAAAUCUUUCCCACUACUACAUUUCUUUAGGCUUAUUAUUACCUUGCUGUUUUUCCAGGUCCUCCUUAGUGAGAAUUCUGCUUUUGUGCAUAUUAAAAUGAUUACUAUACUACAGCAUGGUUAUCAUAUAAUGGAUAGAAUAUAGUAAAACUUUAUGAACUUUGUCAAAACUUUUAAUAAAAGUGAAAAUGUUUAAAGUGUCUUCUUUGAUACCAUGUAUCCACCUAUCUAUCUACGUUUGGUAAAAUGAGUCUUCAGGUGAGUCUUCAUUGGUCAACAUAAGCAAGGAGAAGCAGUGUCUUCAUCACUUCAGAUUAAGUCAAAGUUUGGAAGACUGGCUCUUAACUUGUCACCCCUGUAUUAGCUAAUGUAGCUUUUCAAGAAAUUUAGAUUCAUUGUCAAUAAAAGUAAUUAUUUUUAUGAUGAGAAUAUCAACUUGCUCCUAUCACUUUUUAAUAAAAAAUUUAAAGUUUA